GUUUGUGGCGUCAUCAGCGCGCGUCCGGCUUGGCCCCGCCCCCGCUGCGGGACGGGACGUCGCCCGCAGCGCCAUGGCCGGGGUGGGCUUCGAGGAGUUCUCGGUGCCCCCAGGCUCGGAGCUGGCGCUGCCCCCACUCUUCGGGGGGAACAUCCUGGAGAGCGAGCUGGAGACGGAGGUGGAGUUCGUGGACGGGGGGCUGAGCGGGGACAACCUGCAGGACGAGGAGGAGGAGGAGAGCCAGCAGCGGCAGCGCGAGCUGGGACGCCGGAAGAUUCAGGCACUGGGCCGGCGCUGCAAGGAGAUCGAGCAGGUCAAUGAGAGGAUGUUGAACCGACUCCACCACGUGCAGAAGAUCACACGGCGGCUCAAGCAGGAGAGGAGAUUCCUUAUGAGAGUCCUGGAUUCCUAUGGGGAUGACUACAGACAAAGCCAGCUCACCAUUGUCCUAGAGGACGAAGGCAGCCCCAGCACAGAAGCCCCCACCCCAGGCAAUACUGAGAACGAACCUCCAGAGAAGGAAACCCCCCGGCGCUUCCCUGGCCCCCCACCAGCCGGCCCAGAGCCCAAGAGCCCAUCCCAGGCAGAGACCCCCACUGGGAAGAAGCGUCGCCGGCAUGGGCGUGAGGACAAGGAGCAGAGAAGCAGGCGGCUGGCCCCUGCCCUCCUCCCCAUGGAUGAUUUCUCUGCACAGCUCAAAGAAGAGGAUGAGUUCCCCUGCGACCAGGAUGCUGUGCUUGGCUCCAGCUGGCCCCGGCCCCGGGACAAACUCCUCCAUUACCCCAAGUUCUCCAGUCCCGGGGCCUGUGCCGAUUUCGACUGAACUCUCCUGAAACUGACCAGGCCCCUGGCUCCAGCCCUCAAGGGGUUAAACCAGGAGAGGUGCAGUCCCUCCCUGUGGACUGGGGGGGUUAACCCCCUGUACACCAGGCCCCUGUGCUGUAGGACUGACAGCUAAGCGGGGACAGGGUGAGUAAAACUCCUGCAGGAAUCUUUCAGGGUUAAAAGCCCCGCAGAGCAGGGCGGGUCUCGUGAUGAGGAAAUAAAGAGACGUUGGUCUGGGUCAAAGCGCACAAACCCUGAGUGAACUCUGCUGUACUGAGUUAGAGCAGGGGGUCGGGAUGUCUGGGUCCUGUACCUGGGAGGGCAGUGAGAUUUAGUGGUUAGAGCAGGGAGGGCUGGGAUAUAGGACAGGUGGGUUCUCUCCCUGAUUCUGGGAGGGGAGGGGGGGUCUAGUCUUUGUUUGCACAGCCCUCUGGCCCCUGUGUUGAUGGGAGGGUCGUUGCAACCCCCCAAUAAAUAAUAAAUGGAGGCAGGAUGCCUGUGUUCUAGUCCCUGAUUCUCUACUAGGCCCCCCCGGCCUGUGUCUCCCUCAU